ACGUAUGUACGAGUAUGUAGUAAGUGGUGGCCGAUUCAAGUCUAAGCAGUAUUCAAGCACUCGCGGAACGUUGCGGUACGUUGCGGUAAUCAACGAGCGCUUUUUGGCGUGGCCAGCGAUUCGAAACGAAAUCUUCUCACUUAUUUACACUCACAUGCAUUGAUCCGUCGUUCGUUCAAUUGUGUAUGUGUUCACUCCGAGCUUGUCAACUUGUCAAGAUGACGGCCAAGUCGAUCUUGGCGAGGCGAUCUUGGCUAAUAUUUCUGGUGGUUUUCAACCUUCACCUCAAUGUGGAAGGCCAGGAAAUCAGUUUUGGACGGUGCCGUAAAUUCCCAGUGCUCAAACACUUCCAAGCCGAUCGGUAUUUAGGAAAGUGGUACGAGUAUUCGAAUUAUUUCUUCAUAUUCCAACUGUUUGGGAAAUGCGUCACGGCCAAAUACACCGAUCAAAGCAACUACAAGUCCCAACGGAUCGGGGUUCUGAAUGAAUCCAUCAAUGAAAAGAACGGAAAUCCCAACAGCGUCAACGGGAUUGGGGUUUUAGAGCCCGGAAAUGCCGGACUGGCUCGCCUCACGGUCAAUUUUGACAGUCAGCCGUUUUUUGCCCGACAAGACACGCCCAAUUAUUUUGUGGUCGACACCGAUUAUGAUAACUUCUCUAUCGUCUACAAUUGCAACAACAAGUUUGGCUUCCUCAAGUCAGAGGUCUUGUUUAUCCUGACUCGAGAGCGAUUCCCCAAUCCCAAGCUGAUCCAAAGUGUACGCCAAAAGAUCCGGAAGGCUGGCCUUGACCCGACCCGGUUACGCAGAACCAAUCAAAAAUCCUGUCCAUACGGCCAUUAAAUCAAUGAUAAGCCAUGCCAUUCAAGUAUAUUACGGCAGCAAGCAAAUAACCGCCUAAAGCAGAGCUGCCAUUCAACCUUGGUUAAUAAAACAAAAUAUGGGAAAUCCCACUCAUUAUUGGAA